CUGUUGGCCAACUAGCAACGAGCUACCAACUGCAAACGAGCCACUACCGCAUUUCCCCCAGCCGAGCCAGCUUCAAUUUUCGAUAGCCCCUUGAGGCGAGCAGUUCGGCGCAGAGUGGUGGUCAGCUUGAGUUACUGGAUGCGAACAUGUUGUGGAUAAUGGGGCUAGUUGUGGCCGCCGUGCGGUUCAAUGGCCAGCCGAGUGCUGCGGCAAAUGUCACGGUGAUCGAAGACAUUAGGAGCGCCUUCAGAGGCGUCACCAACGACUCGGAGCUGCUGAAUCACAUAAUACCGGAAAUGUACGGGGCGAGCAUGCGCACUGCGAAUCCCUCCUUUGUCUUCAAGAUGCCCAGCAAAUCGAUCGGCGGUGGCGACGACUACGAACUGCUAACAAUGCAGCGAUCCGAUUUCGCGGAACCAAUCUUCCCCAAUAUCAGCCAGUCGGCCACGGCCAUCGAUUCACCCAGCACCAUUCCGCCGGAAACGAGUGUGAAGACCAGUCUCAUGGUAUCUCCGCAGCAGGAUUGGCAGCAGAUGGGUCUGGAGGGCUGGACGGGGGAGCUGAAGCCACCAGUUCCCUCGCUGGAGCAGGAUCACAGGGACACUCGACCGCCGAUCAGCUGGCAGAACUCGUAUCCCCACGACGAGAUUCGUCUGGAGUUCCAGAACCACCAUUUCGAUGGCCGGGUGACGGACAUACGCGUGAUAACACCAACAACUAGUAAGCCAGCGGAUACGGAAGGGAUGGAGGACCUGAUGAACGCUCAGAAUGUGUACAUAGCGCGGGUAAACGAUCCAUUCGGUUACUCCAUGAAGUGGAGCUUCACCAACGACAGCAGCCGGGGCAAGGAGCUCCUGCCGGAGGGAGAUCGUGGAAAGAGGGACGUUGCUCGGCUGUACUCCAUGAUCAAGUGCUCCACGGGCUGUGAUCCACUGAUCUACAAGGGCUACGGCUGCUACUGCGGAUUCGGUGGCCACGGAGUGCCCGCCGAUGGCAUCGAUCGCUGUUGUCGCGUGCACGACAAGUGCUACGGCCAGAGCAACUGCAUCUCCUAUCUGGAAUACUUUGUGCCCUACGUUUGGAAGUGCUACCGCGGCAAGCCGCUGUGCGCCGUCGACCAUGGCGAGUUCGGUGGCCCCGACUCCUGUGCCGCUCGCCUCUGCCAAUGCGAUCUGCGGCUUUCCAGGUGCCUCAAGAGGUACUACUGCCCACACCGGCGCUCUAUUUGCCACUCGUCCAGAUCUCGACGCUUACAGAACCUCAUAUUCUUCGAUUGAUGUUUAUUGUUAAUGG